UCAUCAAAUUCUUCUCAUGAUAUGGAUAUAAGUGCUCAGUUUGCCCGAAAAACACUACAAGACUAUGAGGUUAUAUCGGUAAUUGGCAAUGGUGCCUUUGGAACGUGUUUUAAGGUGCGUGAUAAAGAAACGGGAGAACUAUUUGCCUGGAAAGGCAUGGAUUACGAUGAGCUAAGUGAAUCGCAAAAGGAAUCACUGGUUUCGGAAAUACGUGUUCUACGCCAGCUGCAACACCCUAACAUUGUCCAAUACUAUCAUCAUUUGGUGAACCAUGAGGCGAAAUCGAUUUUCAUAGUUAUGGAAUGUUGUGAAGGUGGCGAUCUAUCUCAACUGAUCGCCAAAGCAAAGGCGGAGAACAAACGUUUUGAAGAGCGUUACAUAUGGAGAGUACUAUUUCAGCUAUGCCGUGCUCUCCAGGUGUGCCACAAUAAAAUCAAAGAUGGUACAAUUCUGCACCGCGACAUAAAACCAGCCAAUAUUUUCCUUGAUAUGGAGGGUAAUGUUAAACUCGGUGACUUUGGAUUAGCCCGCAUGCUGAAGCGUAAUGAAUCAUUUGCGGAGACCUUUGUCGGAACUCCCUACUACAUGAGUCCGGAAAUGGUAAAAGGUUCAAAAUAUGAUCGGAAAUCGGAUGUUUGGGCUGUCGGCUGUUUAAUUUACGAAAUGUGUGCCCUUCGUCCGCCAUUCAAAGGCAAAGAAUUUACCCAACUGUCUGCAAAUAUUUCCAAUGGAAAGUUUAAUAAAAUUCCCGAAACCUAUUCUAAAGACUUACAAGAAAUCAUUGCCUUUAUGUUGGAAGUGGAAUAUGAGCAGCGACCGAGCAUAGAAGUUAUAUCGCGCCAUCCAAUAUUGGUGCGUAACAUCAAUGAUUUGGGAAACCAAUUUCCUCGCUUGGUCGAUAUUGAAAGUGUGGAACAAGAUUUUUAUGUGACCACCGAGGAACGUGAUACUCGCUGCAAAUUUGAAUACAGUCCAUUCCAAGAUUUCUCCGUGUACUCAGAGCAAAAUAGUUUUCACGAGGGUUAUGGUCAACGACGUAUGAGUAUAACGGGCGUGUUUACACCUGACCUAAGGGCGGAGUUAUUCUACUCGGCUAAGCGCAGAAUAUUUCCCAUAAAUCCCAAACUACAACUAUCCGAUCCCGAAUUAUAUGAAACUAUACGGCGUGAAGAAUAUGCCACAAUUGAUGAAACCAUCAAACCGGGACCUAGACAUUUUUCUCACGAAGACCACGACGAAGAACUAUCCCCUGAUUUACUAACAAGAGAUAUUUUCGACGAAGUUCUACAAGAACGGUUACAUGCUAUACGUGCCCAGGAAUCACUGCUCCAACAAAGAGAAGAAGUUCUUAAUGCCAGAGAACAACAACUUAAUGAGAAGGAGAAACGUCUAAUAGCCUUUGAACAAAGCCUAAUGGCGAAAUAUAAGGCACUAAACGAAGAACAAAUUGCAAAAUCAAAUUCCAAUUCCACCUCGGAGAUACCACCACCAAUCCCGCCUCGAAAACCUGUUAAUCCUGAUGAAACAUAUUGUACAAUAGAGCCCACCGAUACCACCUUACUGCAUGAACCCACAGUGGCCAAAUUGAACCUGGCCACAUUACCAGCACCAAAAGCAUUUCCCGCCCUACGUAAAGUUACAUUUCAAUCUCCCAAGAAGUUCAUAACCUAUGAUAUUGAGUCGAAACCAUGUAAGAUCAACGCUCCCACCAAUACAAAUCCAAUGCAAACAAGUGUAUCGAGUAAGGGAAGCGAUGAUUCCAAUGAAAGUUCCAGUACCACAAAUUCUACUUCCUCAUCAACAACAAAUCGACGUAAAUCCAUACUUUCAAUAUUUGGAUUAAGCCGCAACAACAAGGAAACAACGUCCAGUAAUAACCCAACAAACAAAUCGAUUCCUUCAUCAUCAUCAUCCUCCUCAUCAUCAUCGGUGCCAGUAAUCAGCAAUCCAGUAACAGCAACAACAACAGCUCAAGAACGUCUUACUUCCUAUCCAAAGAAAGAGGAACGCAUUCUUUCGAAAUGUGAAACUGCUGAUCUGACAAAUAUCUGGACCAAAGAACAUAAAAAGGCAGCUUUUGAAAUGUUGGCUGCAAUGAAUGCUGCAAGUGGUGAUGGCAGCAUGGCUCCUCGCCAUAAAAUACGUCAAUCGGUUCGUGAACGAAACACCCUACAGCGUAAUCGUAUGCGACGCUCGUUAAUGGCUCCACCAAUGGCUCAUUAUCCCCAUCAUGUUCCAAAUGGAAUGCGCGAACAGAUUGUACUUUGA